AUGGAAGACAUGAACACCCGUGAUUUGAUCAAGCAGCUGCAGACACAGAUCGAGGCGCAAGCACAAACUAUAAGGGAACAACAAGAGAUUCAAGGAAAGCAAGCCGUGGAGCUGGCGGCGCUGAGGGCACAGCGUCCUCCGCCGGAAGUGUCAGCAUCCAAUCGCCAUGAGGAUAAUGAGGGAAGCCACCAUGGGGGACCAUCCGAGCCUGCCGGUGGAGGAAGGAAGGGGCCAACUUCUGUGCGCCUCACUAAUUUGCUUCCGUUCACGGAGGCCAUCAUGCAAGCUCAUAUGCCAGAAAAACCUCCCCCAAUGCUAGAACGCUAUGAUGGCUCCACCGAUCCCGACAACCAUUUUCGCAACUUUGUCGAUGCCAUGGCGUUCUACACGGAUAAUGACCCCGUCAUUUGCAGAGCUUUCUCAUUAUCCCUGAAAGAUGAGGCACUCGAGUGGUACCACACUCUCCCUCAAAAUUCAGUAGACUGCUUCGCCACCGUUGAGGCCCUUUUUCGGAAACAGUACGCUGCUAACAAAAGACCGGAGAUGACCCCUGCUGAGCUCUUGUACGCGGAUCCUCCCAAAUCUAUGGAGGAGCUCCAAUCUACAAUUGCGAAAUUCAUCCGAAUUGAGGACCUCAGAAAUUCCAGGAAGAAGCAGCAACAGGACAACCCAAACCAGGAGGCUAAGAAGGCCCCCAAACGGCCGGCCAAUGAUUUUAAGACAGAUCGACCACCCCGAAAAGAGUCAGGAUGGAUAUCUAAAUACGAUCGCUACACAUCUCUUAACGCGCCUAGGACAAAAGUGCUCGAGGAGGCUUUGCAUGCCGAACUCCUAACCAUUCGACGAAAAGCCACUCCAAAGAAUGCGGACAACAAUAAGGCAUGUCGCCUGCACAAGAACCACGACCAUGAUACAGAAGAGUGUCACAUGGUGAAAGAUGAGUUGGAAAGACUCAUUCGAGCAGGGUACCUCCAAAACUAUGUCAAAGAAAGGACAGCCUCCAGAGCGACAACUCCCCACAGAAAGGACUCUUCCCGAUGA